UCCCAGGAGAGCCGCUCUCUGAGGAGGAAGCAGCUCCCUGGUUCUGUCUGCACCAGACGCUGAUAGUGACAGCUAUUGCAGCUACCAACAGCGCCAGACAGCGACAGAAACGAGGAGAAGACCAACUCCAACUCCCAGUCCCACAGCACCUUGCCCAGCUGGCUGGAAGCCACCAGCGAGCAGUGGUCAGGGGCAGUGGGCAGCUCAGUCCUGCCACUGUCAGAGACUGAGGAGGAGGAGAGGCUCUUUGCCAAAAUGGACCGAGAGCUUUCCCAGUGGGAAGAUGUGCAAGAGACCUGCCAGAGAGAAGUUCCGGGGGUCCAAGAAAUGUCCCAGCGCGGAGCCAGGAGCAGCCAAGAGCUGUACCAAGGCCAGAGUCCCACGGAGGCCGAGCCGGCAGCUGCUGCCUGGGCUGGAGCUGCUGAGGAGGAGGAGAAGCCCCCUGAGCCUCUUGUUCCUGAGGCAGAGAAGGCAGUGGAGCCUCCUGCCCUCAGGGAGGGGCUGCCAUCAGCAGGGACACAGAGCCCGGUCCCUGCCCCUCGCAGCCCCCCAGGCUGCAGCCAGGCUCUGCUGGACUUGGCAUGGAGCAUCAGCUGUGACAUCCUGAGCCAGGCACUGCUGCACAUCCAGGAAUGCAGGGAGCAGCUGGCGGAACAGAGGCGCCUAGGAGGAACUGAGGAUCCAGCAGUGGCAGCAAGAGGCACAGCAGAGAGGGAAGAGAGCCCAGUCCCUGACCCUCGCAGCCCCCCAGGUUGCAGCCAGGCUCUGCUGGACUUGGCGUGGAGCAUCAGCUGUGAAGUCCUGAGCCAGGCACUUCUGCACAUCCAGGAACGCAGGGAGCAGCAGGAGGAACAGAGGCACCUAGGAGAAACUGAGGAUCCAGCAGUAGCAGCAAAAGGCACGGCAGAGAGGGAAGAGAGCCCGGUCCCUGCCCCUCGCAGACCCCCAGGCUGCAGCCAGGCUCUGCUGGACUUGGCGUGGAGCAUCAGCUGUGACAUCCUGAGCCAGGCACUGCUGCACAUCCAGGGAUGCAGGCAGCAGCUGGAGGAACAGAGGCGCCUAGGAGAAACUGAGGAUCCAGCAGUGGCAGCAAGAUGCACAGCAGAGAGGGAAGAGAGCACGGUCCGUGACCCUCGCAGCCCCCCAGGCUGCAGCCAGGCUCUGCUGGAAUUGGCGUGGAGCAUCAGCUGUGAAGUCCUGAGCCACGCACUUCUGCACAUCCAGGAAUGCAGGGAGCAGCAGGAGGAACAGAGGUGCCUAGGAGAAACUGAGGAUCCAGCAGUAGCAGCAAAAGGCACAGCAGAGAGGGAAGAGAGCCUGGUCCCUGACCCUCGCAGACCCCCAGGCUGCAGCCAGGCUCUGCUGAACUUGGCGUGGAGCAUCAGCUGUGAUGUCCUGAGCCAGGCACUUCUGCACAUCCAGGAAUGCAGGGAGCAGCAGGAGGAACAGAGGUGCCUAGGAGAAACUGAGGAUCCAGCAGUGGCAGCAAGAGGCACAGCAGAGAGGGAAGAGAGCCCGGUGCCUGCCCCGUACAGCCCCCCCGGCCCCUCAUCUGCCCUGCUGGGAGUCCCGGUCCCCAGGGAGGAGCCGGGGUGGGCAGUGGCGGCGCUGACAGGGUCAGUGCUGGCACAAGACAGCCUGGAGACCUUGGCUUGGGACAGUGACUGGUCAUCUGACAGUGAGGAUGAGGAAGAAGAAGUAGAGCCAGAGCUGUCCCAGGGGACAGACUCUCUUGUCCAAGAGCUGUCCCAGGAAGACGAUGUGAACCCCAGCUCCGGGGAGAAGCCUGUGGACCCAGUGAAGGAGGGGGACACCCAGCCUUCUCCCCCAGAGGGGCCCAGCUCUUCCAGCCCUGUGGGCACAGAAGUGGCAGCAGAGGCAGCCCCUGCCCUGCCCGGCACCUCUCCUGCCCCUGGCAGUCCCAUGGAGGCCAAGCUGGCAGCUGCUGCCCCGGCUGGAGCUGCUGAGGAGGCAGCAGCGGGGUCAGUGCCGGCAGUGCGGGAGAGAAUGGACGACUCCGAUGAGGAAAACAAAUUUUGGACAUUCUUGGAUGACCUGGAGCCUUUCCUUGUUGGAGACCCUGAGCUCUUCCAGGAAGCAUCCUACUGUGAAGAAUGCGCAGAGGAAGAUCUGCCCCAUGGGGAAUGUGAGAAAGUCAUGAGCAGCCACCAACUCUCUGACCGGGAAGAAUAUUUGGAGCAAGACUUGUCCCAGGGAGAAGUCAGCAGCCUCCAAGACCCCUCAGACUGGGACGAACACACAGAGCAAAUUCUGUCCAGAGAAGAUGUCAUCAGCUGUGUUGAACUGUCUGACUGGGAAGAAUAUGUUGGCCAAAACGUGUCCAGAGGGAAUGGCAGCAGACCCUCAGGACACUCCAGCUGGGAAAAUGACAGUGACACAGGGCUCAUGCAGGAGAACUGGCCCGAGCACGUCAUCUUGGCCAAGCCCUUGUGCCCAGAGGAUGAUGAGUGGGACGAUGGUGUGAGCCUCCUUGAGCUGCCCCCAGAAGACAACAACGACCAGAAAUUGAAAGUUUUUGGGGCAGACUGGCUCCCAGUGCCUUUCCCUCGGGAGGUCUGGGUUGAGUGCCCGGCACAGGAGCCGUGCAGCCAAGGGCCGGCGCCUGCCCCGCACAGCUCCCCCAGCCCCUGGCCUGCCCGGCUGGGAGCCCAGGCCCUCCGCGGGCAGCCAGCUGCCCCCAGGAAACGUCCCUCUCGCUUCAGGCGGGUGCUGCAGGCACUGCGGGGGCUGUUCCGCUGGCCCCGCCUCAGACCACGGCCUGAGGAAUAAAAGAGACAAGGAAAAAGAUGAAGGACAUGAAGGCAAAGAAGGUGAAGAAGAGGAAGAAGAUGAAGAUGACAGCAAGGAGGAAGAAGACAAAGAUGCAGACUAAAAAGACAAGACAAGAAUGUUUAUUUAAGAAUAGAUUGAAGAAGUAUAGUAAUAAGAAUUUAGAAAUACUUAGAAGAAGAAGAGUACUAGGAAUAGGAAUAAGAAUUUCAAAAUUUGUAGAAGAAUAAGAAAAAGAAGAAUAGGAAUA